AUGGAUCAAUUGAACUCAACAGUGUCUUCAUUGUUGGAUGCAAAUUUGAUUGCAACAAUAGAUUAUAUCACACUUCAACUCGUUCGCUACUUUUCUAUUUUUAUUUUUCUUUUUGGUUUGAUUGGAAAUAUUCUUAAUGUUUUGGUUUUAUCUCAAAGAGCAUUUCGUUCUAAUCCAUGUGCUGUACUUUUUUUAUUCUCAUCAGUGGUGAAUUUUAUUGCUAUCCUUUCUGGUCUUCUUUCUCGAAUAUUGUCUGGUUGGGGAGCUGAUCUAACAGCAACAAAUCGUGUCUUUUGUAAACUUCGUGGCUUUGUUGUCAAUAUUACAAGAUCAGUAGCAAUUUGGUAUAUACUUUUUGCCAUGAUUGAUCGAUGGCUUUUGUCCAGUCCUAGUUUACAGCGUCGACAAAUGAGCUCAUUGAAAAACGCUAAGCGUGCUAUGAUUAUAAGUCUUAUUGUAGCUACCUUGAUUUUUUCACAUGUUAUCUAUUGUCAUGAGCCAAAUCUUAUUAAUGCUCCACAGAUAUGUUAUGGCAUUACAAAAAUAUGUCGAUUCAUGACGGAUACAUCAUUUAUGCUUCUUGCUAUUGUUCCUUUACCUCUCAUGUUAAUAACAUCCAAUACUGGUGACAGAUUAGAAAACGAAGAGUAUAGUCAUUAUGGUCCAGCAAAACGAGUAAUAUCUCAAACUUCUCAAGAAAGCUUUGAAAUUUUCUAUGAAAUUCACAAUGGUUUUACAUCAGACCAAAUAUCAAUUAUUGAAAAUGCUUUACAAAUCGUUGUUGAUAGAGUAUUCAAACCAGAAAUUUUACAAAAUAUGUAUCAAAUUUGUGGUACAUCUGGCUGUUUCAUAAAACAAGAAGUAUUGUCACAAUCAAAUCUAAUGCAAAAUUCAAUUUAUGACAAUGAAUAUCUUUUAUUACAUUAUCAAUUCAUGGGUCUGAAAGCCGAAAGUAAACAUGGCGGAAUUCCCAUUCUCAAUAUUUAUCCCAUUCAUGAAAAAGAUAAAAAAGAAAAGAAUAAUUCUCUUCCGUGUGUUUUUUGUAUUUCCCAUGGAUCAUCAAUUUUAAUUGAUGGUGAAUUCAAAAUUGAAUUAAAUCAAGAUGAACUUAAUGGAUCAGUAAAAACCACUUCAAAUGCCUUAUUUUGGGCUGGAGAAAUUGUUUAUGAAAUGCUUCGUAAUUUAGGUCAUCAACCCGAUGAUAUUUAUUACACAAAUCAAUCACAAAUUAAUGUUUUUAAAGAAUGUUUUCUAUAUAAUGGAAACUAUAUUCCUAUUAAAAAUAAAUAA